AUGGAGAGGGCACAACGACGUGACGCAGUAAUCACGCAAAAGUUUUGGUGGACGGAGGGGAGGGAGAUGAGCAUCGACGAAAUCCCCCACGAGGAUGGCGGGGUCAUGGAGCUCGUGGAAGAUUACAUCAAACAACACGAACCCAUCCCCGCUACGACCCACGACACCCUUCACCGGCAGCUCUCCCUCAUCUCGCGUCGUGCGCGGGGCGAGAAACCGACACAAGCGGCAUGGAUGAGAAGUUUGGUUGACAGAGAGAUUUUUGAGGCAGUCGAGGGGGAGAGAAUGUUGAGUAAGGAUGGGAUGUGGGGGGUUAUGGAGGCGUGCAGAGGGAGGGUUGAGGAGCAGGAUGAAGAGAGCGAGGAGUAG